AUGGACGAGAAGCACCCCUACGCCAACAACACCCCAAACAUGUCCGGCCGCCUCGCCCGGAAGAAGAGCCUCUGGCCCGUCGGCCUCAUGGCCCUCCUCUUCACCUACAGCGCCUGGAGCUUCGUCCACCCGGCCUCUGCCGUCCCUCGCUCGCAGUUCGUUCCCCAGGAGGCCCCGGUCGCGGUCGAGAACAAGCUGGUCCCCUUGGAGGCGCAUAUUAUGAGCAAAUGCCCCGAUGCGAGGGAUUGCUUGAGGGAUCUGGUCUUGCCGACCAUGAUGAAGGCCCAGGACAAGGUCAACUUCACCCUGUCUUACAUCGGCACACCGACCGAGAACGACGGAAUCGAUUGCAAGCAUGGCCCGUCCGAAUGUAUGGGAAACAUCAUCGAGCUAUGCGCCAUACACCUCUACCCUGACCCCAAGAUCAACCUCGGCUUCACCAUGUGCCUCACCCGCGAAUACCAAGCCAUUCCCGAGCGCACCCUGGUGGAGGACUGCGCUCUGGAGCAUGCCAUUGAUAUCAAGGCCCUGAACGACUGCGCGACCCCGGAAGGCGAACUGGGUAUCGGCAUGCUGCGCGACAGCGUCCGCAGGAGCAAGGACGUAAGUUGCCAUCUCAUCUAUCAUACGAACCAUCCCGCUGACCUGCCCAGGCCGGCGUCACCAAGAGCUGCACCGUCCGCCUCAACGAGGAAAUCUACUGCAUCCGCGACGGCGGGGAGUGGAAGGACUGCCCGCACGGCGCGGGGGUGA